GCGCAGUAAUGUCUAUCGUCACUGCGCACGCGCACUGUGCACAUGGAGGCAGUUGAAUGAGUUGUUGUUGCUAAUAUCUGUUCGUUUUCUUCUGUUUAAUAACAAGUUAGAUAUAAACUAUUUCGCACUUCUUGUCCCUAGUGUGAUAUAGACCGACGGUGUGUUGAUCUGCGGCUCGUCUGAAGCUCUGCUGGGAGUGUGUGAUUGUUGGUCAUCGGCUCUGCAGUGAAGAGAGUUGAGCAGAUCUCUCUCUCUCUCUGUGUGUGUGUGUGUGUGUGUGUGUGUGUGUGAUGGAGGCUCCUCCGGUCUCUGUGAUGCCCGUCACGGGCGGAGCCAUCAACAUGAUGGAGUAUCUCCUGCAAGGCAGUGUCCUGGAGCAGUCUCUGGAGAGCCUCUUGCACCGGCUCCGGGGUCUGUGCGACAACAUGGAGCCGGAGAGCUUCGCCGACCAUGAGCUGGUGUAUCUCCUGAAGGGCCAGCAGGGAAACCCGUUCCUCCUGCGGGCGCGGCGCUCGCUCCUGCACCCCGCCGCCCCGUGGCACCUGCGCUACCUGGGCCAGCCCGAGGUGGGCGACAAGAGCCGGCUGGCGCUGGUGAGGAACUGCGUGGACGUGUCCGCCUCGCACGGCCUGCCCGAGGUGCUCAACGAGAUGGGCUUCCGCAUGGACCACGAGUUCGUGGCCAAGGGCCAGCUGUUCCGCAAGGGGGCCAUGAAGGUGGUGGUGAGCAAGCUGUCGCGCGUGCUGGUGCCGGGCAACACGGACAACACCGAGCCGCUGUCGCUGUCCUACCUGGUGGAGCUGAGCGUGUUGGCCCCCGCGGGGCAGGACACCGUCUCCGAGGACAUGAGGAGCUUCGCCGAGCAGCUCAAGCCGCUGGUGCACCUGGAGAAGAUCGACCCCAAACGCCUCAUGUAGAGCGUCAGAACACACACACACACACUCACACACACACCUGGAGAAGAUCGACCCCAAACGCCUCAUGUAGAGCGUCAAAACACACACACACACACUCACACACACACACCUGGAGAAGAUCGACCCCAAACGCCUCAUGUAGAGCGUCAGAACACACACACACACACUCACACACACACCUGGAGAAGAUCGACCCCAAACGCCUCAUGUAGAGCUUCAGAACACACACACACACACUCACACACACACCUGGAGAAGAUCGACCCCAAACGCCUCAUGUAGAGCGUCAGACACACACACACACACCUGGAGAAGAUCGACCCCAAACGCCUCAUGUAGAACGUCAGAACACACACACACACACUCACACACACACCUGGAGAAGAUCGACCCCAAACGCCUCAUGUAGAGCUUCAGAACACACACACACUCACACACACACCUGGAGAAGAUCGACCCCAAACGCCUCAUAUAAUCUCCUCACACACACACACACACACACACACCUGCUGAGACUGCACUCCUCUAUAUUUGGCCCAUAAUGAACUGGAUGAUAAAAAAUGGACUAAUCAACCUUUCAUUGGAUUGUGUGUCAUUUCUCAGACGACUUCAUUUCUUAGAUUUCUAAUCUUAAACUAGACUGUUAGCACUCUUUAAAAAAAGUUUGUGAACUGAUUCUUGUAUUAAAAGUCAGUCUGACGUAAACACA